AUGGCGUCACGACCACGUCCAACGUCUCCAAUAUCGUCGUCCAUGGACGCGUAUCACGUCUCUCCCGUGUCAUUUCCACAGCCUUCAAGUCCAUUGCAAUGUUCCAGUGUGAAUUCUACGGAUUCCCAGCAAUGCAGUGCGGAUCCAGACGCUUUUUUAGGUUUUCAGGUCUCUCGUGGUGUUUCAGACAUGAAGAUGCGACGUGGACAGGAUGUACAGCACGAGAACGAGACGUUGAAGCUUGUAUUGGAUCUACAAGUAACGACAAGAGACGUGAGGAGAGACAGGGACGAGAAACGGGUGAUUCAGGACGUUGGAGUGAGUGGUGAUCCAUUCCGUAAUUUAUUUCAUGAAGAGACACAAGACGAAGAGAAUGUAGUGCCUAUUGUAAGCUCAUUGACUGGAAAGAAGAAGAUGAAGAUGAUGAAGAAGAAGAAGAUACAAGGGACUGAUUCAUGUGUGAAGAAGACGAGAUUGAAACAAGGGUGUGAGAAGAAAAGAGCUCAAAGGAUUUGUCCCGUAAUGUUGAACAGUGCAUGGAAGCAUUCUUACAAGAAGAAAGUUGUGGAUUCUUGUGACAAUCGACAGCUACAAGAGGCUGGAAAGAAGAAGGAAGAAGAAGAGUGUGGCGAUGGGGAAUUGAUGCCGGCUUUUUCAGAGUAUAGCGAGGAUUUGGCACCACAGAUUUUUGAGACUGCGUGCAUGUCAUUGUCCAAUGAUGAUGACACAGAUGGUUGUGAAAAGGAACAGGGUCAGAAUAGUCUCGUGUUAGAACAUAGAGAGAAGUUUGAUACAAGUGGCUUUGAUGAAGAGAGCAAGAGUGAGGAGGAGUAUAGAAAUGAUAUGGAUUGCACCCAGCAACUGAUAGAGGAAGACGGUUAUACGGACGAGACUCGCAAUUAUGAAGAACGUGACGAUGAGGAAACGGAAGUGUAUCCAUCUUCUGAAAAUGAGACUUUACCUUAUGCGGCCGACUCUGUUUUACAAUGCAACAACUCAAAUCAUAACCAGAUAAGCAGUGAGCAAGAGAAAGUUGUAAGCGUUGAUUACAGUGCAGAUCGCUUGGAUGUUGUACCCACAGCACGUCGAACGAGUGACCAGCCGAAUGGUGAGGACGAAGUGAUGAGUCGAGAAGGAUCGCAAGCUACACAGGAAGAAUAUUUGACGCCGAGAGUCAAUCCGAGUCGGAUCGGACAGUCGGAUCCAGCUGAAAUGAAUGUCGAGUCCGUCUCCAGCCUUAGUGUAAACGGUGAUGUGGAGCAAAUUUCGAAGACGCUUCAACAUGAUGACGAUCAAGACGAGUGUAUACCUACUCAGCCUAGUAAGGUCGGGACAGAGGAUGAGCCUUUGGUAGAGUCAGACUCUUCUUCUCAACGACAUGUAAAGAAGAGCGACGAAUGGUUGACGAGGAAGCAUACUACUGGGGCCGAUAAUCAGACGAAAGCUAUGCGAAGCCUUGAGCUUUCUUUAUUCGUACCUGAGUCACAGGAAGGCGAGCCUCAUCUUAGUGCAAGUAUUCCAGCUAACAGUACACCUGCAGCAAAAAGGGUUGAAGCCUCGACUGGAAGCAACGAAUCCAGCUUUUUUUCAUCGUCUACUAGCCCGGUGUGUCUGCCUACUUCGACGCCAACACAGCUAUCAGUCGAUGAUCCCACCACCCCUAAAGCCGCCGUUGACAAUCAAUCGAGCCCCAAAAGGAAAACUGUGUCCUCGCUGCAGUCUGAUUUGCCCUCCGACAAAAAGAAACCGAAGACCAUUUCACAAGUUAUUGACUCUCCAUGCCAAACCACCUCCACCCCGAUAGCCCCGAGACGCAGUAGCGCCCCAGCUAACAGCAAUGCAUCGUCGCAGAAAGCUAACGGAAGCGAUGCCUCGACCCCACGGCACCAUGUGCGACGUAGCAGUCGAUCUACUCAAUCGACGCCCUCAUCGACGCCAACAGUCCGAACACGAAUACGGUCGUUAACAGCAGUGCCAGUACAGCGUACAUACGCUUCAAGAUCUCGGACCCUUUUCAAGUACAAAUUUGAGUUUUGCUUGACGGGCUUCGUAAAAACUGGUGAACAACAUUUAAAAGAGCUGAUUGAAGGACAUGGAGGUAAAAUUCCCGAACGCUACCAGGACGUGCUGAACAAACGAAAUUCAAAGGCGAUAGUGAUCGCGACAGCUGUAUCGUGGCGUAAGCGCAAGUUUAUGCAAGCUGUUGCGUGUGGGAUCCCUGUUGUUCAUACUGAUUGGAUCAAGAAUUGCAUUGAAGUAGGGCAUGUGAUACCUUUUGACGGGUACCAAGUUCCAAUAGGCUACUCUGUAACUACUCGUAAGUUCGAGUGUUGUCCUCCGAAAGAGCUACAAAUUUUUGAAGACUACUCGUUUGGUAUCGCUAGCGAUGUAUCUCAAGUGUCUAAAGCUGAGGCGAAGGACAAGGCAAAUUUGAUGACAUUUAUUUUGAAAGCUUGUGGUGCAAAAGCUGUGUACGAGAAUUUGUUGCCUGAGGAUAGCGUCAAUGUUGAUGUGGUCCUCUGUGAUGAGUAUACACCGACGUGUAGAUACUAUAGGAAAAUGCGACACAUCCCCGUUAAAGACUUUCAAUGGGUAACAGAGUGUGUGGUCCUUCAACAACUUUUGGACCCAAAAGAACCAGCCUUUGGACCACUGCGUGUCGGUAGCGAAGAUCAAUUCGCCGCAAGCGCUGAAAUUGGUGACAGCGACAACACCACACUAAAGCUGUACAAAGGGGAGCUCGUGAUAGCGGAUAUUGCCGGAAGCGCAGCCGAUCACUAUCUCCUGUUUAAUGUCUGCGAGAUUCUUAGUAUACACUUGAGUGGCCACAAAGACGAAGCUUCGCAGACAAAACGAAAAGAUUGCAAAGAAAACCAAGUCAUGCUUCGUGUGGGCAUGCUAAAACGUGAGCCUUACAACCCAGAGCUAUCGAAAACUUUCGUGAAAGUGCUCGAUAUAUCAUCAUACCAAGUGAAGAGAAGGGUGGUGGCCAUUUCGAAGAAGCAUUACAGCCAGCUCAAGUAUAGAGAUGAAAGCAUCUUUUACUUAAAGGAUGAUGAACCUAAUAUGUCCACUGCGUCAGAACAUGAGCGGCUAACGCAAUGA